ACUCCGGUACUCCUUCCUCCAAUAUGGAUUGCAGUCUUUUCAUACUGUGUAGAUAUUGUCUAUGUUUUUUCCAUAAAUUCUUCCUGUGGAUUUUUCCAAUGUACUGCAAGCCUCCCUUCAUUCUAUUUAAUAUUUCAUGCCUGUCAGUGGUAGCACUUGGGCUAUCCAUCUGUUAUCCUGUGCUUUACUAUAUAACCAGUCAGUCUCCUUUCCCAGUCACAUGUGCCCUUUUAUGCUACUUCUCUUGUGUAAUCUUAAUAUGUUUUCGAAUGAUGUCUAAUUACAUAAAUAACUAGGUUAAGGGAGAUUGUGAGCAAUGCAAAGGAAGAGAUGUUUAAGUUAGAUUCUGUGCUGUAAUAUAUUUGGGGGCUGAUACUUUUGUUGUAGAUCUCAUUCUCUUUCAGUAAUGCCUGUUGCCCUACAGUGUAACUAAAGGACAGUGCCUGCCACAUAGUAGGCAUUUAAUUGUUUUCUUGCUUGUUUCCUUCCUUCCAGCCUAUCCUGAAAAGACAAAUCAGUAGUAAUUUAAUUUAUUUUUGCUGUUGUCCUUUAGUCACAUUGACAGAAAAAUGACCCAUUUUAAUGGAAUGCAUACACUAGUUUAUCAUUAAAAAUCAAAGAAUUGGAACCAGUAAAAUGAGCAGUACCUCAUUAAGAGUCAGGGCAGCUCAGGUGGUUCAAGCUUAGAGUGCAAGGCCUGAAGGAAAGUUCCUUAUCCAAAGUUCAAAUCCUGCUUCUCACACUUAAUCGUUGUAUGACCCUAUUUGCCUUAGUUCCUCAUCUGUAAAAUGAGCUGGAGAAGGAAAUAGAAAACCACUCUAUUAUCUUUGCCAAGAAAACUCCAAAUGGGGUCAGGAAGAGUUGGACAGAACUGAAAAAAGACUAAAAAAAAAAAGUCAGAGCCAUUUUCAUUCUUCUAGACCCACCAUUUUUACUAAUUCAGUUAUGUGAAAGUAGAAGUUGUGACCAACUUCAAAAAUUAGGAGAGCCAUAUAUAUAUAUAGGUUCACAGAAUGUCAGAGCUAGGAGGAGUCUGAGGGAAAUAAAGCCUUUUCAUUUUACAGGUAAGAGAGCUGGGGCUGGAGAAAGGGGAGUCACAGCAAUAAGCAUUUAUUACUAUGUGCCAGGCAAAAAGAAAAGACCUGCCACUGCACUCAAAGAAUUAACAUUCUAAGGGGCACUAGGUAGCACGGUGGAAGAGCUUCAGGUCUGGAGUCCAUAGGAUGUGGAUUCAAAUGUGGUCUCAGAUACACUUAGCUGUGUGACUCUGGGCAAGUCACUUAACUAAUAUCUAGCCCUUCCUACUCUUCUACCUUAGAAUCAAUACUAUUAAUUCUAAGACAGAAGAUAAGGGUUAGGAAAAAAAUAACUUACAUUUUAAUGGGGAAAGACAACAUAUAAAAGGAAGCUGGCUAAAAAAGUAGAAGAGGUUCUCCAAAAAGGGGCAUAAUGUUGAAGUCCAGAGAAUGAAGGAUGGAUGGCCUGGACCGUUGCUCUUUAGGAGGUUCUGGGAAGAACUCACUAAUGGGAGGAGAAUGCAGGAGAAGGUAGCUAGGUCAGUUUAUUUAGUAUUAGUAUAUUAUUUAGUUAUUGCAAACAGUAUGUUUCCUAGGUUAGAGCUAUGUAGUAUAAAUACUCAUAUGAAAUUUUUUUGCACCUCUUGGUCCUAUCACCUUUUUAGAGUAUAGUUUAUUAAUUGCAUUGUUGGAUCAAAGGGCAUAAACAUAUUUUGGUACCUUUUGGGGGGGAUGGGGAUAGCAUAAUUAAAAAAAAAAUCUUCCCCAUUAUAGUUGGAUCAAAUAAUUAGUAUGCCUAUUUUCCUCUCCCCAAUUUUGAAUUAUUCAACCUUUUUAUCUUUGCCAGUGUAAUGAUGUAUAUAUACUUAGAUUUGGAAGCAGAAAGCCUGGAUUUACAUAUGUUCUGGCUUGGUCCCAUAUUAGUCAUGUGACCUUUAGGCAACUCACUUACCUGUUUUGAGUUCCAGUAACUCCAACUGGGGCUAAUAAUAGUUGCCUUUAAGGAAAAACAUUAUGUAUGAGGUGAUGAUCAAUAUUUGUUGUUACUAUUGUUAUCACUAUCAUCAUCAUCAUAGUAACUGUUUAGGUAGAGAUAUUUGUUGGUAAAUUUACAGUCACAUAGACACAGAGCUUGGGAGUAGGAGACUUCUGGGCUUAGCAGUAGGCAGUUAAUUGGGCUCCAGGUGGACCUGAAUAUACAGCUAGGAUUUGUAUCCCUUGAUAAACUUACUCCCUCUGGCAACCUUGUUAAUAAUUUAAAAUAAAAUGCUAAAUCUAUUAACAUAUUUUAAUUAAAUUCUGGUUACCUAUCUUUGUUUGUGACUGCUUCUUCUAAAUUAAUGGCAUAAUAUUUUUGACUUAACUUCAUAUUUUAGUUUGUAACCCCAUGGGUUUACACUAUAUUAUAAUCAGGGGAAUUUAUUAUUUCUUGGAGUGACUCUUAGCCUGUAACUUUUCAUUUUUGGUGAGCCUGUUAGAAAUGUUAUUGAUAAGUACCACAGCUCAAGGCAAAUGUUAAGGGUUCUAUUUGGAGAAGGAUUGUGAUAAGAACUGAACCUGUGAUAAACAACUUCUUUACCAUUGCAGAUGGGCACCUUCUUUGCUACUUUUAGUCUGUAAUGGUGAGAUUGAGAGAGGGGUCCUUCCCAAUACUAAGACAGGAAACCAGCUGUUGGAGGGGUUGGUUAAAGUGUAGCACUGCCUAUUUCUCCACAGAGCCUAAUGGAAUCUAGACCUGACCCAGAGUGAGUCAGACCCCUCCCAAUUCUGCUUCUAGAUGACUUUGAAUCUUCUCUCCUAUUACAAACUUCAGAGACAAGUCUUGCUAUACUAAUUAACUAAUUUAUUUCUAUGACAAAAAGAUAGAGGGAUUGAGUAGACCCUACCCCUGUAUUUCCUAUAUCUAUAUUUGAUGGGAGAUCAAAAUGUCUUUUCAAGAAUGAAAUGAUGGUAUAAGAUGAUCUUCAAAACAAAGCAGUAACACUUCUUCAGCACAAGCCAGGUAGGAAAGGUAUGUGGAAACCCAAUUCUGCUCUAUAGCUCUGGACAGAGUCUCUGGUGAGAGAGUCAGGAGAGAAGAGAGAAGUCAAAGAGUGCCCAGAUCUCCUUCUGGCCAACAGUUUUCUCCUUUUGAAUCUUCUUUAGAAUUCCAUGGAAUUCUUCCUCUGCUAGCUCUUGAGGUUUCCAUCUGCUUCUCUUGGGUCCAUUUUCAUUACCUUUCAGGUUUUACUUUGCUUUUUGUCAUUCUUCCUUGAUUACAAGUUUUAGAGAAUUGCCUAGACCAUUGAGAGGUUCAGUGAUUUUCCCAGAGGUACACAAGCCAUGAAUACCUACCUCUUCAUGAUGCAAGCCCAAGGCAUCCUUAUCCGAGACAACAUGAGAACAAUAGGAGCUCAGGUGUAUGAGCAGGUGGUUCGGAGUGCGUAUGCCAGGAGGAAUAGCAGUGUAAAUGACUCAGAUUAUCCUCUUGACUUGAAUCAUAGUGAAACCUUCCUGCAAACCACAACUUUUCUUCCUGAAGACUUUACAUACUUUGCAAACCAUACCUGCCCUGAAAGACUCCCUUCUAUGAAGGGUCCAAUAGAUAUAAAUAUGAGUGAAAUCAGAAUGGAUGACAUCCAUGAAUUCUUCUCUAGAGACCCUGCCAUCAAGCUUGGAGGUCAUUGGAAGCCCAGUGAUUGCAUGCCUCGUUGGAAGGUGGCAAUUCUUAUUCCAUUUCGAAACCGUUAUGAGCAUCUCCCUGUUCUUUUCCGGCAUCUGAUUCCUAUGCUACAACGCCAGCGUCUACAGUUUGCAUUCUAUGUUAUUGAACAAGCCGGUACCCAACCCUUCAAUCGUGCCAUGCUCUUUAAUGUUGGCUUUCGUGAAGCAAUGAGAGACUUGCAUUGGGAUUGUUUGAUUUUUCACGAUGUGGAUCAUAUACCAGAAAAUGAUCGUAACUAUUAUGGAUGUGGGCAAAUGCCAAGACAUUUUGCCACCAAGCUGGAUAAGUAUAUGUAUCUGCUUCCUUAUAAUGAGUUUUUUGGUGGAGUGAGCGGCUUAACAGUAGAGCAGUUUCAGAAAAUUAAUGGCUUUCCUAAUGCAUUCUGGGGCUGGGGUGGAGAAGAUGAUGACCUCUGGAACAGAGUACAGAAUGCAGGCUACUCAGUGAGCCGACCAGAAGGUGACACUGGAAAGUAUAAAUCUAUCCCUCACCACCAUCGAGGAGAAGUGCAGUUUUUAGGGAGGUAUGCACUACUGAGGAAAUCAAAGGAAAGACAGGCUCUGGAUGGCCUCAAUAACUUGAACUACUUUGCAAACAUCACAUAUGACGCCUUGUAUAAAAAUAUAACUGUAAACUUGACACCAGAGCUGGCUCAGGUGAAUGAAUAUUAAGGGGAGAGGAGAUGAGUUUGCUUUACCCAUUACCAAGAAAACCUGGUGAGAUGUGUUGUGAAUCUACACAGGAAGAGAAUAGGAAUACACGGGCUGGUGAAGGAUCACAGGGUUUGAAGAAUACUGCAAAAUGCACUCCCAAAAUGUCUUCGCUCCCCAGGUCUAGUUGGAUUGUGUUGCCGGUUUGGGAGCCUCAUUCAUCAGGACUCACUUUCUAUUUUCCAAUGAUGAGAGUUUGUCCUGCUCUCCUUUCCACUGCACCUCCUCCCUACCCACCAAAUCCCUAUGUCCUGUUUCAGCCACAAUCUCCAGGACCAGAACUGUGAUUAGACAUGGCCGUCGUCCUGCCACGGAGCUUGUUCUUCUGAAUGACAUCUUCAUCUUUGCUUUUGGAGGCAAAGAAGCAAUCCCACUAUUAGGGCAGCUGCCUUUCUGGAAGAGCAAAUGAACCAUUCCUCAUCCAUCCUGCUCCAUUUAUGGUGUUUUUGUUUUGUUUUUUUUUUACUUAUGGGGGGAGGGAGAGGGUAUAUAGAGAUAUAUAACUGUUGCUUCUUGAAGAAGCAAAAGUGUAAAUAAGCUGUGUAAAUUGCCUCUUUUUUUAAAUUUAAUUUUACUAUUGACUUGGAUUCAAGCAGAGAGUUUACAUAUUCAAUCACUUAUUUAGUUGACAGGUGCCAGGCUUAGUUUAAAUGUAGUUGCAGUGUGUCGUUAUUUUAUCAUUGAAAUUCUGGCUUCUUGGGGUGACAUUCAAAAAGGAACAAAACAUCUGAUUUGUCUGUUUCAUAUCUUUUAUAGCAGAUGUCUCCUCCAUUUCCCCUUCCUGGCCUCAACUUUUGAUGUUGACUCUUGUUGUGGACCCCUUUUCUUAGUCACUCCCCUCACCCCUGGAGGGUGUAAAACAUGACUAUGUCUUCCCAGAGCCAGAUCCCUCUCAAAAGCUUGUGCACGUACCCCAAACUCUCUCUGAGACCAUUGCUCAUCUUUGCUCUAUCAGAGAAGUUUCAGCUCUCUGGAAAACUGCUAGCCACUCAAGUUUAUUCCUCAAUUACCAAUGGCUUCCAUGGUUCCUCCUCACUUUGGUCUUUAUUCUUUAAAAAAAAGAAUUGGUUUUUUUUUAAUCAUUAAUAAACAUUUAAAAUCUUUAAAAUUCAGCCAGGGAUUGGAUGACGCAAAUAUAUCGGUCAGUGAGCAAAAGCACAGCAAAAAGGAGAAUGUUGACCAAGUAAUACAUUGGCAACAAUUAACAACUUCUGAAGUCUGAGAAUGAAAAUACUGUUCAGAUCUCCUGCUUUAUGAGGCCUGAUUCAAUUACAUUUUUGUUGGUGUCUCUUAAUUUUUGUGUGUGUGUACAACUCAACUCACCAGUUUUAUAGGACCCAAAAAGAUCUCCCAAAAUGUCUGAUUUGUUAUUACUUUUUAACGUAAAGUAUAUUUAUAUAUUGUGAUUGGGAAUCCUCUCUGAAAAGUACUUCCUAUUUUCUUUUUACUCAUUUGCCUUAGUUUGACUUCUACUUCCAAAACUUUCAUGGUUUACAUAAGUGUGUAACAGAUGUAGAAAUUCUUUUUUCUGUUGCAUGUUUUUGGGUCCAUGGACAUAUGAUCCCCAUGCCCAUUGGGUGUGGGUGUGAUUGCCCAAGACUGGUUGUUUUUGUUUCUUUGUCUCUUGGGGACUCAACUGGUAUCUAGAAAAUGUGGUAUUAUAGGUUGUCAUACUUAUCAGCUCAUAUGAGAGUGCAGAAAACUGUUCUUGAGAAAGCUGGUAAUCUGUCAUGUUUUUAAAAAGUAUUUUGAACACACGUGCUUUACAACAACUUUAUGAGGGAACACUAUACACAGGAUUUUUGUUAAUAGAGCACAUAGCAAUAAAGAUUUGAUUUUGUUCCCUUACCCUUCCACCCCUCUCCCUUAGGAAAUGCAAAGGGCCAUUUCAAAUUGUUAACCCCAAGCUCUCCCUUUCUAAGCAUUGGAAAUGUAAGCACUGUGCUAAUGUGAUGGUCAAGGAUAUUUUGGAUUGAUUUGCUCUUCAGCGUUUUAAUUGAAAUAUCCUCCAUAUGGUGGGUGAUGUAUGUGUAAACCAAGAUUUUAAACUGAUUUCUAUUAGUAACAAAGUUCUGUUUUGAAAAUAUUUGCCCCAAAGUGUCACCUGAUUGGGGGGAGGGGUUGAAGGAGCAGAUUUGAGACACAACCUGAAAAAGGUCUGUUUCAUUGCAUAAAACAGAAUCACUUGUAUUCAUUUGUAAUCACAGGUUUCUUUCUUCCUUUUUUUUUAUAAAGGUGGGAUCUCCUAAUGUUGCACUGUUAAAUCAUCACAUUAGUCAAGUGUAUUAAGAAUGAAUGAGAUUGUUUAAAAAAACAAAAACAUACAGACAAGUAUGGUUUUUUUAAUGAUGUAAAAGAGGUUCAUUUUUAAAACAAAAGCUUACAGCACAGGAAAAGACAAAAUUAUCCUUAGGAGUUUUAGCGGUUUGAAUUCUACAGGGCCACUGAUCAGCCCCUCCUUCAGGAGCCUAAAGUGUAGGGAACAGAUGAAAAAUGGGAGUCAGUUUCCUGCCCCAACCUUCCCAAACCCUUUUGCCCCCCUUACAGAUUUAUAUGGGGAUUCUAUUAACUAAAAACCGGUUUAGAAUCCUUGCCAGAGGUUCUUUCUUGAUUAUAGCUGAGCAUCAGCUCCAAAUAUGGCUUAUCUAUAGUCACCAUUUCAAAUGGCAUCAAAAUGUAGGUCACUUUUGUCCAUCACUAGGUUUUUUGAACUUGCCCUUUAUGUUUUUAAGUGGUGCCGGGGGUACAUUUUUGCACUGAACUCUAAAGAUGUUUUAAAAACAAAAAACAGACCACACACUUUUCACAAAAGUAGUCCUUUGUCAUUAUCUUAUUUACUCAUGUGUUUGUACAUUUUUGUAUGUUAAUUUAUGAAUGAUUUUUUCAGUAAAAAAAAUACAUAUUCAAGAA